AUGCUCGCCACCGCCGCCGCCGCGGAUGGCGCUGACGCUCCAAUUCCCGUGACGCGGCGCGAGGAGUGGGGGUGGUAUCUGUACGACGCGGCGGUGUCCGCGUUUUACUCGGUGGCGCUGCCCGUGUUCUUCCCGCUGCUCCUCAACCAGCUCGCCGCCGACGCCGCGUGGCAGCAGGCGGGGCAGCCGCGCCCGCCCGACUGCGGCGUCGACGGCGUCACCGUGAAUUGCGCGCAGUGCGUGCCCGGCGAGGGAAUGCAGCUGCUGACGUCAUCUGGCUACUCGCCGCUGCCAAAUCCCAAGGUGCAGAUGGGGGCGGCAAGCAUGGAUCCCGUGGCAUUCGCUACAGUCACGCUGGGGCUGUCGGUGGUGUGCCAGGUGGCCGCAUUCAUCACCCUCGGGCCCCUCGCUGACUACGGCAUGGGGCGCAUGCGGCUGCUACAGGGCGGCACAGCCAUGGGCAUAACAGCAUGUGCGCUCUGCAUGGCGCUCGUGUCACCAUCCCUCUGGUGGCUCUCGGGGUUACUCCUCAUCAUUGCCAAUGUUGGCUACGGGCUUGCCAUUGUCGCCUACUACAGCUACCUGCCUGUGCUGGUGGACGCGGCCCCUCCGGUGCUACUCGCGGCACAGCUUGCAGUGAACGCCCAAGCAAAGCUGCCACGUGCUGCUGCCAGUGUGCCUGGUGGUGGUGGUGCGCUGGCAGCACCCUUUGAGUCCACUGAAAAGGCCCUGCAUGCUGGUGUGCCUGCUGCCAUUGAGGCAGGGGUGGGGGCGGAGAGGGCAACAGAGAAAGCAGCAGCAGCAGCAGCAGCAGCAGAGGGGGGUGGGGAAGGGGAGAAGGCAUUGAUGGGAGAGCAGGCAUUGGCGGUUGCAGAGCCGCACGCACAUGCAGGUGUGCAGGGCAGUCCCGAGGCAUUCAUUGCUGUGGAUUCGUGUGGGGGAGACUCGUGUGGGGGGGAUAAAGGCGACCUCUACACACCGCUUCUCGUUGCUAGGGACCAGCUGCUCUUCCCUCCUGAUCUUCCCUCCAGCUCUUCCCUCCUGCUCUACUCUCCUGCUCUUCCCUCCUGCUCUACUCUCCUGCUCUUCCCUCCUGCUCUUCCCUCCUGCUCUUCCCUCCUGCCUUUCCCUCCUGCUAUUCCCUCCUGUUUCCCCAUUCACCUCCCUUUCCCCCCAUUCCCUCCCCUCCCUCCCCACCAGGAGGAGAAUCGCAUGUCACUGACAGGGGUGGCGUGUGCCAGCAUCGCAUCCAUCCUCGCCACGCUCCUCGCCUUCGCAGCCACGCUCCCUGUCUCCUCCGACUCGCUCAAACUCCGCCUCGCCCUGCUCGCCUGCGCCCUCUGGUGGCUCCUCCUCUCCCUCCCAACCUUCCUCUGGCUCCGCCCCCGCCCCGGCCCACCCUUCCCCCCUCCACCCCCGCUCCCCUCCUCCUCCCACUCCUCCGCAUGCCACCGCACUGCAUCCCACCUCACCGCACGCCUCGCCUCCGCCCUCUCCUCUGCCUUCGCCGGCUGGCGCCACAUGGGGCGACUCUUCGCCGAAGCGCGCCGCUACCGCUCGGCCUUCGCCUUUCUGCUCUGCUACUUCGUCUACGCGGACGGCUACACCACCAUCCUCCAAAUCGGGGUCCUCUUCGGGGAGCGAGACCUCUGCGUGCCCACGGAAACCCUCAUCUUCCUCGCCAUCUGCGUGUCUGUCACCGCGACUCUCUGCACGCCGCUGCUAUUCUACCUGCAGCGCUGGAUGCACCCCGUGCUCACAAACAAGGCCAUGGUCAUGCUUAUGCUGGCCGGCAUGCUGCCGCUGCCGCUCUGGGGGUUACUGGGUUACCUCACACCGCCGCAGUCGAUAGGGCUGAAGGCCCCUUGGGAGUUGUUUGUGUUUGCGUGCUGGUUUGGGUUUUUUCUCGGCGGGCUGAACGCGUACUCGAAGACGCUGUUCAUUGACAUGAUUCCGGUCGGGCGCGAGGCGGCGUUUUUCUCUCUCUACUCUGUGAGCGACAAGGGCUCGUCGUGGCUGGGGCCGUUCAUCGUCGCAAUCAUCGUGCAGAACUCGCUGCAGCGAGCGGUCGGGCAUUCCGCACGAUCAGCUGGUUCCAGACUGUCGCCUACGACGCCGGCGACGUCGCCCAGGGCGAGCAGCUCCGCCGCGUCGCCGUCGCCAGCGCCGCCAGCGUCGCCACCGUCGCCCGCCGUGACGCGGCCGAGUCGCACGCCGCACAGCGGGUACCACUACGCGCCGGGCAGCAGCAGCAGCGGCGGCGGCGCUGAUCAGCCAUUCUUCGAGGGGUGGUACUUCAAGGUGUCGCUUCCCAACUCGCGCGACUCGUUCGCAUGGAUGUACUCUGUUGAAAAUCCCUCCGCUCCGCCCCCCGCAGCCCCCUCCGCGGCUUCCCCCGGAGCGCCAUCCGCUUCCCCCGCCGGCGAGCAGGCGAAGCGCGCGAAGGGGGGCCUGCCGUGCGUGAUGAUGCAGGCGAUGGGGCCGGCGGUGGACAGGCAGGCGGAGUGGGGGCGCGGUGACGCGGCGGGCGCGGAGAGCGGGGCGGACGCGAGAGACUAUUUGUAUCAACAAACGGCGGACACGGGACGAUUCUGGGGAGUGCGGCAUGAGUUGGCGCUGGGAGCGUGUUUCCAGCCCAGGGAGGGGCAGGUGUCGCCCCUGGGGGAGGUGCCGCCUCAGGAGUUUGAGGCAAGGGUGCAGUAUGGAUUUCAGGUGACGCCGUUCCUGCACCAAGGCACGCUCAAGAACCAAGAUGAUGGCAGCAUAGUGCGGUGGCGCUACGAGGUGACGCCCAUCGAUGGCUGGGGCCCCAGGGGCGGCACACAGCUGUCAACCGCUGGUUGGCUCUCUGCCCUGCCAGCUUUUGAACCGCACUGGCAGGUGUGCAUGGCGAUGGGGCGAGCGAGCGGGUGGGUGGAGUGGCAGGGACACCGCAUUGAGUUCACAGACGCCGGCACCUACUCUGAGAAGAACUGGGGCGGCGCCUUCCCCCUCAAGUGGUUCUGGAUCCAGUGCAAUGUGUGGUCGCACGUGUCACUGGGGUCCGCAGUGGCGCUCACCGUGGCGGGGGCGAAGCGGCAGCUCAACGUGCCUCUGCUCGCCAACUCCGUUGAGGAAGUGGGCAUGGUGGGGCUGCACUGGCAGGGGCAGUUCAUCGAGUUUGUGCCCAACAGGGGCGCCGUGGAGUGGAAGGUGCAGCCGUGGGGCAGCUGGCACAUGCACGCUCAGAACGAACAGUAUGAGGUGACAGUGGAGGCGCACACACUCCCGGGCGAUAACGGCACGCCUCUGCGAGCGCCAACAGCGGAGGGAAUGCGAUUCUUCUGCAAGGACUCAUUUGACGGCCGGGUCAAGCUGGAGCUGCGCCAGCGAUACUCGGGGCAGUUGCUCCUGCGGGCGGAGAGCACAGCAGCAGCGGUGGAGGUGGGUGGUGGGCCGUGGUGGGAGGCGUGGGAGCAGAGGAGCCGCAUGAACCCCGCUCAGAGCGCUGUCAUCUCGCUGCCUCUCAACCUCUCCUCCCUGCUCCCACCCUCCCUGCAACCGCCUGGCCUGUGA